AUAAUGGUCUACUAGCCUGCUAAACAAGUGUCCAGCUUCCACAAUGCCUGUGCAGGCAGCUCAGUGGACAGAAUUUCUGUCCUGCCCAAUCUGCUACAAUGAGUUUGAUGAAAAUGUGCAUAAACCCAUCAGCUUAGGAUGCUCUCACACUGUCUGCAAGACCUGCCUGAACAAACUUCAUCGCAAGGCAUGUCCCUUCGACCAGACUGCCAUCAAUACAGACAUCGAUGUGCUUCCUGUAAACUUUGCACUCCUCCAGUUAGUUGGAGCCCAGGUACCUGAUCAUCAGACAGUAAAGUUGAGUAAUGUAGGAGAGAACAAACAUUAUGAAGUAGCAAAGAAGUGUGUUGAGGAUUUGGCACUCUACUUAAAGCCACUAAGUGGAGGAAAGGGUGUUGCUAGCUUGAAUCAGAGUGCACUGAGCCGUCCGAUGCAAAGGAAGCUUGUGACACUGGUCAAUUGUCAGCUGGUGGAGGAAGAAGGUCGAGUUAGAGCCAUGAGAGCAGCUCGAUCCCUGGGAGAAAGAACUGUAACAGAACUGAUCUUACAGCACCAAAAUCCUCAGCAGCUUUCUGCCAAUCUUUGGGCUGCUGUCAGAGCACGAGGAUGCCAGUUUCUAGGACCAGCUAUGCAAGAGGAGGCACUGAAACUUGUGUUACUAGCGCUGGAAGAUGGCUCCGCACUCUCAAGAAAAGUUCUGGUACUUUUUGUUGUGCAAAGGCUAGAACCAAGAUUUCCUCAGGCCUCCAAAACAAGCAUUGGUCAUGUUGUGCAGCUACUGUAUAGAGCAUCAUGCUUUAAGGUUACUAAAAGAGAUGAAGAUUCUUCUCUGAUGCAACUUAAAGAAGAGUUUCGAAGUUAUGAGGCUUUGCGGAGAGAGCAUGAUGCCCAGAUUGUUCACAUUGCCAUGGAAGCAGGACUUCGAAUAUCACCAGAACAAUGGUCUUCCCUUCUUUAUGGUGACUUGGCACAUAAGUCACACAUGCAAUCUAUUAUUGACAAGCUUCAAUCUCCAGAAUCUUUUGCGAAGAGUGUACAAGAGUUGACAAUUGUCUUGCAGCGCACAGGGGAUCCUGCAAACUUAAACAGGCUAAGGCCUCAUUUAGAGCUUCUGGCAAACAUAGAUCCAAAUCCAGAUGCAGCGUCUCCAACAUGGGAGCAGCUGGAAAAUGCAAUGGUGGCUGUAAAGACUGUGGUACAUGGACUUGUGGAUUUCAUUCAGAAUUACAGUAGAAAAGGCCAUGAAACUCCGCAGCCACAACCAAAUAGCAAAUACAAAACAAGCAUGUGCCGAGACCUCCGACAACAAGGGGGAUGCCCAAGAGGAACCAACUGUACAUUUGCUCAUUCUCAGGAAGAGCUUGAAAAGUAUCGUUUGAGAAACAAAAAAAUCAGCGCAACAGUGAGAACCUUCCCCCUUCUAAAUAAAGUUGGCGUAAAUAGCACUGUCUCAACCACAACAGGAAACGUAAUUUCUGUCAUAGGAAGCCCUGAAGCAACAGGGAAGAUGGUGCCAAGUACUAAUGGAAUAGCUAAUCUAGAAAGUGGUGUUCCCCAGUUGAUUCCUCGCUGUGCAGACACAUCCCUGAGAGCUUUGGAAAAUGCCAAGAAGGGAGGGAAGGCUGGAGCCAAUGGCCAGAAUGUGUCUGGGUCCCCUACUGAAUCACUACCUGAAAAUAAAAUUGGUUCUCCACCCAAGACUCCUGUAAGCCAGGCAGCAGCUACCUCAGCUGUUCCCCCUAAUAUUGGGACAGAAGUGAAUUCUGUGCCUCCAAAAUCAAGCCCAUUUGUUCCCAGAGUACCUGUCUACCCUCCGCAUUCUGAUAACGUUCAAUAUUUCCAAGACCCCAGGACUCAGCUGUCCUACGAAGUUCCACAGUACCCCCAGACAGGAUAUUAUCCACCACCUCCAACAGUACCAGCUGGUGUGGCUCCCUGUGUUCCUCGCUUCGUGAGGUCCAAUAACGUUCCAGAAUCCUCCCUCCCACCUGCUUCCGUGCCAUAUGCCGAUCAUUACAGUACGUUUCCCCCUCGAGAUCGACUGAAUUCUCCUUACCAACCUCCUCCUCCACAGCCGUAUGGACCAGUUCCUCCUGUCCCUUCUGGAAUGUAUGCUCCAGUUUAUGACAGCAGGCGCAUCUGGCGCCCACAGAUGUACCCACGAGAUGAUAUUAUUAGGAGCAAUUCUUUACCUCCUAUGGAUGUGAUGCACUCAUCUGUCUAUCAGACAUCAUUACGUGAGAGAUACAACUCUUUGGAUGGGUAUUACUCUGUGGCUUGCCAACCUCCAAAUGAACAGAGGACUGUGCCUUUACCAAGAGAGCCUUGUGGUCACUUGAAGACUGGUUAUGAUGAGCAGCUAAGACGGAAGCCGGAGCAAUGGGCACAGUAUCACACCCAGAAAACUCCUCUUGUAUCCUCAACCCUUCCUAUGGCAACACCAUCUCCAACACCACCAUCUCCUCUCUUCAGUGUAGAUUUCAGCACAGAGUUCUCGGAGAGUGUCAGUGAAUUGAGUGGAACUAAAUUUGAGGAAGAUCAUCUCUCCCACUAUUCCCCAUGGUCUUGUGGCACUAUUGGCUCUUGUAUAAAUGCUAUUGACUCGGAGCCCAAGGAUGUGAUUGCCAACUCAAAUGCUGUUCUGAUGGAUUUGGACAGUGGAGAUGUCAAACGGAGAGUACAUUUAUUUGAAACUCAGAGAAGGGCAAAGGAGGAGGAUCCUAUAAUCCCAUUUAGUGAUGGACCGAUCAUCUCCAAGUGGGGUGCCAUCUCCAGAUCAUCCCGCACUGGCUACCACACAACAGAUCCUAUUCAGGCCACUGCUUCCCAAGGAAGUGCUACUAAGCCCAUCAGUGUAUCAGAUUAUGUCCCUUAUGUCAAUGCUGUUGAUUCAAGAUGGAGUUCCUAUGGCACAGAUUCCACUUCAUCAGCGCGUUAUGCAGAACGGGACAGAUUCAUAGUUACAGAUUUGUCUGGACACAGAAAGCAUUCCAGCACUGGAGAUCUUCUGAGUAUUGAAUUACAGCAGGCCAAAAGUAAUUCAUUAUUACUUCAGAGAGAGGCGAAUGCACUAGCCAUGCAACAGAAGUGGAAUUCUCUAGAUGAAGGCAGUCGCCUUACCUUAAAUCUUUUAAGCAAGGAAAUUGAUUUGAGGAAUGGUGAGACUGAUUAUAGUGAAGACUGUGCAGAUGCAAAGCCAGAUCGAGACAUUGAAUUGGAGUUGUCAGCCCUUGAUACAGAUGAACCUGAUGGGCAAGGUGAACAAGUAGAAGAGAUUCUGGAUAUACAGCUAGGUAUUAGUUCUCAAGAUGAUCAGCUGCUCAAUGGAACAACUGUAGAGAAUGGCCAUCCGUUAAAGCAACACCAGAAAGAAUCUGUGGAGCAGAAGAGACAAAGUUUAGGUGAAGACCUUGUGAUUCUGGAGGAGCAGAAAACAGUCCUGCCCGUAACUUCUUGCUUCAGUCAGCCGAUCACAACAUCUGUUAGCAAUGCAAGCUGCCUGCCCAUCAGCACGUCAGUCAGUGUUGGCAGCCUCAUUUUGAAAACUGCUCACAUUAUGUCUGAGGAUAAAAAUGACUUUUUAAAGCCUGUUGCAAAUGGCAGGAUGGUUAACAGCUGAAAGGCGUUCAUCUUUCUAGCUCGUGACCACACCAUGGAAGCAUUUACACUAGCUUUUUAUAUAUAUAAUAUAUAUUAUAUAAUGUAUAUUUUUUUUAAGAAUAAUAUUGGGGUCAUGCAUUUCCUGUGGACUCUUUGAUACUUCAAGCCCCUCUCGCAUUAGCAUUCUGAAGAAAAAAAAAACUUACUAGGGUAAGGCGUUCACUUUCCACAAACAAAUGGAAUUUGGACAUUUGUUUUACUUAAGCUUAAAGCAGCUUUUUAUGAGUUUGUAGCAAUCCAGUGCGGUAUCUGAGCCAUUCUUGUUUAAAAUGGCUUCUGUAGAAAACUAACAACUCAGUUAUUUAAACUAGCAGGAUCCUACAAUGAUACAUCUAGUGAAAGGAAAACUAACUUAUUUGUCUCUAUUUUGUUUCAUGAGAGAGGAACUUGUGUCUUGUUGCAGCUGCUUUUUCUUUAGUUGUGGAACUUUGCAUGGAGUAUUGUUUCCUGUUGGAAGACUGAGAAGUGGGGGUUCGGACUUGAGACUCUUUUACAGGGUUAACACACCAUUAGCUUUGCACUGCUGCAUUAUUUGCAGGUCUGUGGUGCAGUGCUUUGCUGCAGCCUUUUAUUUCCAUAUUUUCCCCCAAUUUCUGCUUUAGUACUAUUGAUAAUACACACAUGCACAGGCUACUUCUCAAAGUAAAGUUAUUAAAAGUAAAUCAAGUGCCUAAGUCCUCCAGCUAAUGUACCAGGUAUUGAUUUCCCCAAGUUAAACAUGAAAAUUUUCAACCAUUUUGAGAGGUUAUGCACUAAUGUAACAGCAGUUUUAUUUCUUCUUUUAUUUUCUAUUAACARUUCUCAUUUGCAGACUAUAGAAUCCAGAUGACUUGGCAAAAAGUAUCAGGUGCUCUUGGCUUUCCUUUGAAAACCCUGUAUGUAGUGUUUGCACUGACUAACAAGAUGGUA